AUGGUUCUUAGAUUUUUCAAGAUGUCGUCGCUUGAACAGAGACUCUCCCGAAUCGAGGAGAAACUAAAACAGGAGAAUAAAGAAGCUCGAAGACGAAUCGACCUCAACAUCGACAUGAGUCCUCAACGCUCGCGUCCGAGGCCAAUCAUCGUGAUCCAGCUCAGUCCUGCUCCAGCCCCUUCCCAGCGUGCAGCUCUACAGCUCCCCCUGGCGAACGAUGGAGGCAGUCGCUCGUCGUCAUCGGAGAACUCGCCCCAGCACCACUCGUACCCCAGCCGGCCUCGCCACAUGCUCACCCUGCCUACUCCACCGUACAGCCUGCAGAAGAGCCUGGAGAAUGCGGAGAUCGACCAGAAGCUGCAGGAGAUAAUGAAACAGACAGGCUACCUGAAGAUCGACGGGCAGCGGUAUCCAGCCGAAGUGAGCGACCUGAUCAGUGAAGAGGAGAUCGGCAGUGGCACCUGCGGCCAGGUCUUCAAAGUGCGCUUCAAAAAGACCGGACACGUCAUCGCCGUCAAGCAAAUGCGAAGGACAGGCAACAAGGACGAGAACAAGAGGAUUCUGAUGGAUCUGGACGUGGUUCUGAAGAGUCACGACUGUCCCUACAUCAUCCAGUGCUACGGCGCCAUAGUCACCAACACGGACGUGUUCAUCGCCAUGGAGCUGAUGGGGACGUGUGCGGAGAAGCUGAAGAAGAGGAUCCAGGGCCCCAUUCCUGAGCGUAUCCUGGGAAAGAUGACAGUGGCAAUAGUGAAGGCGCUGCUGUACCUGAAGGAGAAGCACGGCGUGAUCCACAGGGACGUCAAGCCCUCCAACAUCCUGCUGGACGCCAAGGGUCAGAUCAAGCUGUGCGACUUCGGCAUCAGCGGCCGGCUCGUCGACUCCAAGGCCAAGACUCGCAGCGCGGGGUGUGCGGCUUACAUGGCUCCUGAAAGAAUAGACCCCCCAGACCCCAGUAAGCCCGACUAUGACAUCAGAGCAGACGUGUGGAGUCUGGGCAUCUCUCUGGUGGAGCUGGCCACAGGACAGUUCCCUUAUAAGAAUUGUAAGACAGAUUUCGAGGUCCUGACCAAAGUGCUGCAGGAGGACCCUCCCCUGCUCCCGCUCAGCAUGGGCUUCUCCCUCGACUUCCAGUCCUUCGUCAAAGACUGCCUCACAAAGGAUCACAGAAAAAGGCCAAAAUACCACAAGCUGCUCGAACACAGUUUCAUCCGGCGCUACGAGGUGCUGGAGGUGGACGUGGCGGGCUGGUUCCAGGGCGUGAUGGAGCGGACCGAGUCGCCGCGGAGCAGCCAGUGUUACACCCAGCACCACCUCCACUCGCUCUUCAGCAGGUAGCCAGAGCGCCACAGACUGAGACAGACAGACAGACGGGCCUGACAUGGGCAUCCAGUGCGUGCCGGGGCGGGCGGACAGACGGAAGGACCAACAGGCAGACAGAGGUCGCUAGCGUGGGGGCAGCAGAAAGACUCGCACUCAGGUACUAGGAGCUUCUUAGUUCUCUAUUAAAUGCUGAUAGGCACACACACACACACACACACACACACCCUCAGUACUAGAACCUAUAUCCAUAUGUGUAAAUACACACACACACACACACACAAACACACUACAUGAGAAGCAUACGUCCUGCACAUGCAUAUUCACGUGUGAACGGCCUCGCGCGUACACGUUUAACACCAGGCCCACACGCGCGCACGUAUUAACACGCAUGUCGUUGGGUUUUAACCGUAGCCUCACGGGUAUGUGAACAGGUGCAGUCAGGCAGCUGAAGCCGCUUCUGUACGCUCGCCGCGGCUUUCAGCCGAGCGGCCGUGGCACAGGUGUGCCUUCAGCCCAUUCGUACCAAAAGGAGGCGGCGGCACCACAGGAUGUUAGCGUGUCUGGGGUCAUCGCUAACCCCCCCCCAGCUGCCUCAGCAGGGUGGUGGGGCGCCUCCCCAGCACAGAAAGGGUGCUGCUGUCUACAGGUCUAAUCAUGCUGCUCCACUCUACACUAUGUACACCCAAGAAGCUGUUUACUGGAGCCGGUGUGCUAUCACAGGUCGCUCGCAGAACAAAGAGAACAGUGUACACAGACACACGUCUCAGAUUUGUGCAAUAUUCAACUUGAGGUUAUCGGAUUGAAAUCCAAGUAGCUAGGUAUGUAGAGCAGGAUGGAGUGGUAGCGUUACUGUUAAUAAAAAACGCCCAUCUGAGCAACUUCGUAGUGGUAACGUUAAUGUGAAGAGCUCCGUAGCCUUGGGGUAGUGAUAAUCAUAGUUUUAAAUCCAACGGUGAAGAGGGCUGGUGCCACAGGCGCUGGGGGGGUUCACACUUUUAAAAAUAAUUUAAUCUUGACUUAGGUCCUAUCGUCUAGCUGUAAUGUUUUAAGGAAAGCUGUUUAAAAAAAAAAACACACACAAAAAAACCCUCCAAAAAAAUUAGGUUUUUGUUGAGCUCUGCAGGAGAGGAGUGUUUUGUCAUGUCAGAAAGAGGUAGGGGGCAGCUGCAGCUGCGGUGCGGUUUGGUCUGAAAGCAGAGUACUGAGACAGUACUGAGAGGCGCGGAGGGAAGAUUAGCUGCUGGCUAAGGAGGAACGCCGAUCUUCCUUUUCGUGGAGAGGGGGGUAAGGGCGGAGAUGCAUUGUGGGAGAAAAGAGUGGUAGAAUGGCGUAGUGAUUUCCGGUUUGGACGAUGGCAGUGCAGUCCUGCCGCCUGCCUGCGGAGAGGGGUGAAGGGGCUGGGGACACAGAAAGGGGAAGAAAACAGGAGGAAGGUUAAUGCAUUUAAGACGCGUCGUGUCCGAAAAAUCACCCUUGUGGCAAAUGGGGCGAUUCCGAGCGUGAGAUGGAGAGAGGGGGAGGACGGAACGGGAGGAGACCGUAGGGAGGGAGACGAGGUCAGCGUGUCCCUGGGACACAGGACACCUCGCUCCACUCCCUCUCAAUCCCCGCGCGCUCUGCCGUCUCCCGCUCUCAUUUUACAAAGAGCCACUGGGAGCUCUCCGCUUCCUUUGCCAAAGCCAAAACUUUGAAAAUGGAGAACUUAAAGGAGCGCUAGUCUCGCUCGGCCACAAACUUGCGUAAUUUUUCCUGCUUCAGUCGAACAUCCAGUACUCUGGAAAACACCAUGUCUAGAGCCAAAGUGAAGCCUGAUAUCUAAUACUUAAUGUACCAAAUUGUCACUGAGAUUGGACGGACGGAUGAAGAGGUGCGUAGGGAAAGUGAGAAGGAAAGGAACAAGCAAGUUGUCAAAAUGGAGAUGCACAGCAGAAGGUUUCCAGGGUUUAGGAAUGAACAGCUGGGGAGAGAGAGAGGGAGAGAGAGAAGAUGGAGAGAAGCAGGUGGAAAACGAAGACGAAGAGAAAAGAAAGUGAGACGGAGAGAUGGAGCAGGGUGACGGAGGAAAGUUCCAGGCCUCUGGUGGCGAGGGAAGGAGGAAGAGGAAGAGUACAGGAGAAGGGUGUGAGGAAGAGCUGAGAUCUUUUCAUCAGAGCAGAGGGAGAGAGAUGGC